AUGUUCAGAGUAGCAACUCUGCUCCUGCAGCUGACGCUAUGGGUUGCUACCGCCCGCGCCUUCUUCCCCUUCGUCCCGGCAGGCCACUGCGCACCAGAUGAGGAGUGCGGUCAUGUAAGUGUCGGGGGGAAGAGGGCCAAUGAUGGGUCAGAUCAGACAUCCGAAGGGAUUACAGUCGACCUUUACCAUAGGCCGACUCGUCCUCAUGACCCCUCAAAGUUUGACCCGAUAGCCGAAGCCGCCGCCCGGCUCACUCGCAAAUUCGGGAAACCGCAAGCUGCAGCCGGGUCCGAGUUGAGCAAGAGGAAGAAUACAUACGCCGUAUCCAAGCCGGCCACUCCGACCGCGCCCAACAGCGCGGGUAUCUAUCAAUACGGCCCCGACUAUUCGUACUUCAUCAGGGUCCAAGUGGGCGAGGCCCAGCAACCAUUCUACAUGCUGCUCGACACGGGUGCUUCCAACACAUGGAUCAUGGGCUCCGACUGCGAGUCAGAUGCCUGCCACCUACACGACACCUUUGACCCCAGCUCUUCAAAGUCGUGGCGGACAAAGAAUAAGGGAUUCACGAUCCAGUACGGCUCGGGGAACCUCACAGGGAGCGUCGGUCAGGACACGGCUACGUUUGCUGGCAUUACACACGAUCUGUCGUUUGGGCUGGCCAACUACACCACGGACGACUUCAAGCACUUUGCCUUUGAUGGCAUCCUCGGUCUUGCCACGAGCCCGUCGGUGACAGGGACGUUCUUGCAGACACUCAGGGAGAAGAAGGUGCUGGACUCGCUCAUCGUGAGCAUAUCGAUGAACCGGGCUUCGGACGGGGGGAAUGACGGCCAGGUGACGUUCGGCGGGAUCGACAAGACCAAAUACAAGGGCGAGAUCACAUAUCACAGCAUCGGACCCGACCAGAAGGAAAAGGGCGAAUGGGCCGUCACGUUGGACGAUGCGAGUCUCAACGGCAAGUCAGCCGGCCUCCAAAGCAAACUCGCCUACAUCGAUACGGGCACAUCCUUCAUCUUUGCGCCGCCGGACGACCUAGCCGCGCUGUUCAAGCUGAUCCCCGGGUCGAGCUCAUCGCAGAACGGAGAUUACAUGGAGUACCAGGUCCCGUGCGACACGACGCUACCAAUCCACCUCAGCUUUUCGGGCGUCGACUACCAGAUCUCGGCUGAUGACUGGGUCGUGCAGAGGGGGGAGAACAAGUGCAUCGCCAGCCUCUACGGCUACGAGGUGUACAAGGGCACCUGGCUGAUCGGCGACACAUUCCUGAAGAACGUCUAUAGCGUCUUCGACGCCGACAAGAUGCGUAUCGGCUUCGCGGCGAAACCGGCACCCCAGCCCAAGCCAACGUCCACGAAGGUCGACUCGUCCGCCACGACUCUUGCACCCGUGGCCACGUCGGGGGCGGCGGGUAACGACGCGGCGCAGCCCAUCAUGCCCGGGUUUAGCGGGCAGGAGUCGCGCCCGCCUGGGGCUGCCCCAACGUCGACGGGUCCGGGCGCUACGCACACCGAGGUCAACGCCGGGAGUCAACUGCGGGGUGGCAUGUAUGGUUUUGCUCUGUGCAUCGCCGUCGCUGUUGUCAUGGCCGGUCACUUUAACAACUUCUUGCCGAGAUCGACAUCUUUGUUUGACAAAACCACCCGCUAUACCGAUCUGUACUUCCAAAAGAUCUUGUCCCGCACAGAGGCCGAGACUGAGACUGACCCGGCUUGCGACUGCGCAAAAUGCCCUGAGUGCAGCAGAAUGGCCAGGGCCACAUCUCAUGGCGCUGCAGCAGCUGCCAACAUUAACAACCGACACGGCGCAACAUCAUCCUCCCCUUCCACAGCAGCCGGAAACACCAACGAAGAGGCCACCGGCCUACUCUCCCCCAACCCCGACCACGGAGACGACGGAGACGGCGACGAUGACGGCACCCACGGCCUCAUAGUCCACCCGGGCUCUCCCCACGACAGCACCACCAACCCGCGCACCCCCCGGACCCCAAACCGCGUGCGCUUCGACCUGCGCCCGACCUUUGUCGACGACGCCGACAACACCCACACCCACACCCACAGCAAUGGCUCCGCCAACAACAACAACAACCACAACACCGACAUCUACCCGGCCCGCGAGAGCUUCGACACCGACUUCUCCCUCGACGACGACGACGAAGCGGGCCCACUCACCCAGCACCACACCCGCACCCACACCCAACAGCGCGUCCCCCUCCUCACCGGCAUCGAAGCACCCUCCAUAACCGUCGCCACCACGGCGGGCAGCCCCGGCGACGACGACGCCGAAGCCUGGCUAGCCGCCGAGCGCGCCCGCCCCAAAUCCUCCCUCCCGUCCGCCUUCAUGAACAUGGCCAACAGCAUCAUCGGCGCGGGCAUCAUCGGGCAGCCGUACGCCUUCCGCCAGGCGGGCCUGCUGGCGGGAACGGUGCUGCUGGUGGUGCUGACGGUGGUGGUGGACUGGACGAUCCGGCUGAUCGUGGUGAACUCGAAGCUGAGCGGGGCGAGUUCCUUUCAGGGCACCGUGGAGAAGUGUUUUGGGCGGACGGGCUUGGUGGCGAUCAGCGUGGCGCAGUGGGCGUUUGCGUUUGGGGGGAUGGUGGCGUUUGGGGUGAUUGUGGGGGAUAGUAUUCCCAGUGUGUUGAGGGCGGUGUGGCCUGGGUUGAGGGAGAUGCCCGUGCUGGGGCUGUUGGCCGAUCGCAGGGUUGUGAUUGUGGUGUUUACGGUGGGGAUUAGCUAUCCGCUGGCGCUGUAUAGGGAUAUUGCGAAGCUGGCCAAGGCGAGUACGCUCGCGGUGGUGAGCAUGGCGGUGAUUGUGGUGACGGUGGUGGUGCAGGGCGCGAUGGUGCCGGCUGAGGAGAGGGGGUCGCUGAAGGACUGGCGGAUGUUGGUGGUCAACGACGGGAUAUUCCAGGCCAUCGGGGUGAUAUCGUUCGCCUUUGUCUGCCACCACAACUCCCUCCUGAUCUACGGCUCCCUCGAGAAGCCCACCAUCGACCGCUUCGCCAGGGUCACCCACAUCUCGACGGGUGUGUCCAUGGUCGCCUGCCUCCUCAUGGCCCUGUCGGGCUUCCUCACCUUCGGCGACAAGACGAUGGGCAACGUGCUCAACAACUUCCCCGCCGACAACACCAUGGUCAACAUCGCGCGCCUCUGCUUCGGCCUCAACAUGCUGACCACCCUGCCGCUCGAGGCCUUCGUCUGCCGCGAGGUCAUGUUCAACUACUACUUCCCGGGCGAGCCCUUCAACAUGAACCUGCACCUCAUCUUCAGCUCCAGCCUGGUGUUCAGCGCCAUGGUGCUGAGCCUGCUGACGUGCGACCUGGGCACCGUGUUCGACCUCGUCGGCGGCACCAGCGCCGCCGCCAUGGCCUACAUCCUGCCGCCGCUGUGCUACAUCAAGCUCACGACGCGCUCGUGGAAGACCUACGUGGCCUGGGCAGUCGCGGCGUUUGGGUGUACGGUUAUGGUGAUGAGCAUGCUCCAGGCGAUUGGGAAGAUUAUCAAAGGCGAGGGGGAUACCAGGCAGUGUUAUUGAGAUGGAUAGACUAACUAAUAUUUUCUGGGAUUGUACAUAAUACCAGCGGCAUGAUAGAAGGGCGGGCAAGCGAUCGGAGUUUGAUUCGUAGUCCUAGCAUUGGUCCAGCAUGGCGUCAGGCUUGCUCAACUAUUCAUAUACACAUCAUAUCUUAGACUUCUCGAUGUGAAGCAGGCUGAUAAAACGCGGUGCUCGCGAUCCAGAUCAUCCCCGUCACAUCACAUGGCACCGGCGAGCCUGUGUAGUUUCAUGGCUCUGGGCGCCCCUGUUAUUCCCUUGUGAUAUCAACUCACUCAUGAUAAACACAGGAAGCUAGGCUCUAUCUUAUAUGUCGGCCGGGCGUCGCGAAAGGACCGACAUGAAAGCUACCAAGUAAAUUAAGGAAAUGAUUGUCGCCUUUUAAGUAAUGUGUAUUUUAUAAAUGAUAUACCUAAAU